UUCAUACUAUUCUCUUCCUCCCAGAAGGAGUUUAAUCCUAAUCUGGAACAGAGGUAGAGUGGAAGAAGCAGCAAGCAAUGGAUUCCGGCGAAGACCUGCGGCCGGAGGAGAUUGUGCCACUGAGCCAGAGACCAGAGUGGUCGGACGUCGUUCCCGUCCCCCAAGACGACGGUCCCAAUCCAGUGGUUCCCAUCGCCUACAAGCCAGAGUUCGAGGAGACUAUGAACUACUUCCGCGCUAUCUAUCUCUCCGAUGAGCGAUCCCCUCGCGCCCUCCAACUCACCCACCUAGCCAUCCUCGUCAAUCCCGGCAAUUACACUGUUUGGCAUUUCAGGCGUCUUGUACUUGAGGCACUCAAUACAGACCUGUAUGAAGAGCUGGAUUAUGUUGAAGGGAUUGCCAAGAAAAACACCAAAAACUAUCAGAUAUGGCAUCAUAGGCGGUGGAUUGCUAAGAAGUUAGGGACUGAUGCUACUGCUAAGGAACUUCAGUUUACCAAGAAGAUUCUUUCCCUUGAUGCUAAAAAUUAUAAUGCGUGGUCCCACAGGCAGUGGGUAUUGCAGGCUUUAGGAGGAUGGGAAGAUGAACUUGACUUUUGUGGGCAGCUCCUUAAAGAUGAUGUGUUUAACAACUCUGCUUGGAAUCAGAGAUAUUUUGUUAUAACUCGAUCUCCUUUGCUGGGAGGCCUAAAAGUCGUGAGAGAGUCUGAAGUAAAGUAUACAGUUGAGGCCAUUUUAGCUAACCCUGAGAAUGAGAGCCCGUGGAGAUAUCUUCGAGGCCUCUACAAAGGUGACACCCAAUCUUGGAUUAAUGAUCAUCUAGUCUCUUUUGUAUGUUUGAAGGUUUUAAAUGUCAAGACCAACCAUGUAUUUGCUCUGAGCAUGCUCUUGGAUCUUCUCCGCCAUGGUUUUCAAGCAAACCAAGAGUUUAGAGAUGCUGUUGAUGCUCUGUGGAUAUCAAACUCAGAGCCACUGGAGACUGACUUGGCAAAAGCAGUAUGUUCUGUUUUGGAGUCUCUGGAUCCAAUGAGAGUUAACUACUGGACUUCGCGCAAGAGCAAGCUGCCUGUGUCGGCCUAACUAAUUACUGAGUUGAGCAUUAUCUGUGGCUUCUUGGGUUGGUUCUUUACCCUAGUAGAUUUGCAGAGUUGAAGACAUAGCUCUCAAUAGUGAUUUCUUAUAAUUUGUAUUAUUAUAAAAUUAUAGUUUAAUUCAACUUGUAGUAUAUGAGGAUGUAUUUCCUUGCUAGUCAAAUUCACUGUGACAUGACACCUCAAAAUUGAGUAAACCUUGUACUAUUAUUGUUAA